GACCAUUAUCACUGUACCAUUAUGCGCGGUUAGGUGUCGUGCACUUCCUUGCAACAAUAAGUAAAUCUUUUAUCCUCCUGCAUACAAGCUAAGGGUUAUUAAUAUUCCGCAAUUUCAGAUUCAAUUGUUUACCUCGCAUCGCUUAACGAUAAUGCGAUGCAUCAAGCUUGGCUGCUCCAUACAGCGGUUCGGCUUCUCCAGAUAAUGAUGCGUCGCAUAAUCGCAUAGAAAGGCCGUGCGGCUCCUGGACGUGGCUGCUUUGAUGGCUCACUUCUUGUUCCGUCGUAAAGGGUCAGCCAUUUGGAAUAAAGCCCAGGCAGACCGCGGUUAUUAAUGACUGGGGGAGAUUUCACUUGCUCAAGGCUGCCGGAUUAACGAAGUUAGGCACAAGAGGAGAUGCGCACUUACGGUCAUCAUCACGCACCCAGUGACAAAUGGAAUUACCGCGGCCAAUGAUGGGUCUCGCCCCUGCGACCUGCGUCCUGCUGCUCGCCCUGAUCGCCGUCGUGUCACCGGCCUCCGUCAGCCCCGAGGAUUACCCAGCGGAUGAGGCCGAGAGGACGACCAACAAUGACAUCAUCUUCGACGACUACCGUGGGAAGGGCUGCGUGGACGACAGCGGCUUCGUAUACAAGCUGGGGGAGCGCUUCUUCCCGGGACACUCGAACUGCCCGUGCGUGUGCACCGAGGACGGGCCGGUGUGCGACCAGCCGGAGUGCCCUAAGAUACACCCCAAGUGCACCAAGGUGGAGCAUAACGGGUGCUGCCCAGAGUGCAAGGAAGUGAAAAACUUUUGCGAAUAUCGAGGAAAGACCUAUAAGGUCUUAGAGGAAUUUAAGCCCUCCCCCUGCGAGUGGUGCCGCUGUGAGCCAAAUAACGAGGUGCACUGUGUGGUGGCGGACUGUGCGGUUCCCGAGUGCGUCAACCCCGUGUACGAGCCGGAACAGUGCUGCCCUAUCUGCAAACACGGUUGUAUCCUUGCAAUGACAUCAGCUGGUGAUAUCUAUGGUACUAGACUCUCAUGAAACCUAAAAGUGUCCAGCACAGUGGAUGCAAGACAGCUAAUAGCCUUAAUGCUAUAUUUUGCUUAACUUCUGUAUCCUAGUUUGUUGUAUCUUGUCUACUAUCCUGUCUUAAAUAAUCAAAGUACUGCCAAACGAAGCAGCUGAAUGUGCUUAAUGCAGUAACGGUCUUUUACUCCUGAUAUAAGGCAGUAACGCGGUUAAUUACCCAUAUGAGAAAGACUCCUUCACAUGUUAGCGUCUUCAUUCAAAGCUUCUCAGUUUGUGGUCAUGUGAUCUAGUUCCCUCUAUAAUAACGUUACAUAUGUAGGAUAUACUUAAAUGCAAAUUUCCUUAUAGCAGAAAUUUCCUAUUGUGUUCACCUGCAUAUUUCAAUUACACACUUAAGUACCCUGUUAUUGUUAUUCCUUGUCAUGAAUAGUACGGCUUGCUAAAUUAGAGCCUUCACAAAGGCGGGCUCUUUAGAAUGUGCUGUUUCACACUUUAAUGGCUUUCACGCUGCACAGGGGACAUUUUUCUUAUUUGCUACGAAGUUACAGCACAGGCGAUGAUCAAAGAAGCAAAAGGACGGCCUUGUCACUUGGGUCUGACAUAGUCAUAAAUGACAGAGAGGUCACCAGUGGAAAUCCACAUGAACCCCUAGGGGGAGCUGAGUGUCACAGUCGCUGAUGGAAAUUCAGUCAUUCCUUAAUAUUAGAAGAUUAUUUCAGGUCAAGAGUGGAGAGUAUCGGGAGCUUCUCAUUGGUGGUCAGUGAGUUUCUCAGCUAAAUCUGAUUGGCUCCUGCACUGUUAAAAGGAACCAAACCCAUGAUGUUUUCCUGCCUUCACACAGCUGGUACUUCUACCUGAGCUGCACUGGCAAAACAAGAAACUUUUAACUCCUGUUUAUCUUUAAUGCCUAGUGCCUUUGCACACGCCAGUUUACUAGCUUUGAUAUCACCGUAAGAACCAUCCAUCUUCCAGCCUCUUAUCCAGUACAUGUCUUAGUGAGCUUGCAGCAUAUCCCAGGAAGAACAGGGCAGAGGAACACUCUGGACAGGAUGCCAGUCCGUCGCAGGGCACACACUCUGGACAGGAUGCCAGUCCGUCGCAGGGCACACACACUCUGGGCAGGAUGCCAGUCCGUCGCAGGGCACACACACUCUGGGCAGGAUGCCAGUCCGUCGCAGGGCACACACACUCUGGACAGGAUGCCAGUCCGUCGCAGGGCACGCACACGGGGAAAACAUGCAAACUAUACACACACAUGGGUGGGAGCUGAAUCCCAAACACUGAGGUGACAGUUCUGUUCUGAGUGACCUGCCAUCAGAAGAUGCCCCCCCCCCCCAAUUUAACUGUCAUUGAUGAUGCAUCAGGGAGUCUUUCUGGACAUAUUAGCACUUGAUGGAGUAUCUCAAGGACUUUAAUUUUGUUAUAUUGAUAGUAAUUUGUGGGAGGGGACUCACAGUCACUAUAAUGACUUAGCAGCCACAACACCUGCAGGUCAGACUAGGUACCCGACCUUAAGCAGGUUUGGGCCUGGCCAGUAUUUCAAUAGGAGACAAACUAGGAAAGCUGGGUUUCUGCUGGAAGAGGUGUUGGUGUGGCCAGCAGGGGGAGCCCAUCCUGUGGU